GGAGAGGGAGCGACGCGCGGCGGCAGACGGAGACAGUCGACUGGCCAAGAGUUGACCCGUGUUUCUGCGCUCGAGCGCGCCCGUUCCGCUCGCGAUUCCCCAUCCCCCGCCUGGGCAGGCGAGCAAACUUUAACGCCGCGGAGUCGCUGCCAGCCCGUUCGGUGUGUGUCGAGACUGUCGAGGCGUAUUGCGCGUUCCCGAGAGAGUGUCGCGUCCCAUCGCCGAAGCCCAUCCAUCAGUAGUGCCGUGUGUGUCUCGCGCGCGCGCUACCGUUCGCGGGAGGAAGAGAAAAGAAGAAGAGGAAAGAGUGCGCGGUGCAAUUGCGUGCCGAUAUACACCGUAAGGUCGAGGCGAGGUAGUAUGAUGGUCUGAUCGCGGUCUCAACAUGACCGUGGAUUUUGUCGACUACUUCUGGGGCGAAAAGAACAAUGGAUUUGACGUGUUGUAUCAUAACAUGAAGCAUGGUGUAAUCGCCAGCAAGGAAUUGGCUGAAUUUUUGCGGGAAAGAUCGGCCAUAGAGGAAAACAAUUAUAAACUCCUUAGUAAGGUAGCGAAGCAGGCGAGCAAUAGCACGCAAGGGACAUUCGCACCUGUAUGGGCCGCUCUGAGAGGUGCCGCCGAGAAACUCGCCGUUUUACACUUCCAAAUGGCCCAGCGGGUUUCCGAACUCAUAAAAGAUGUGUCAAAAUAUGCGGACGAACUGCACAAGAAACAUAAGGCUGUGAAGGAAGAAGAAUCGUCUACUUUAGAAGUUGUACAAAGUAUACAGAGCAUUACGGUAACGUUACACAAGGCGAAGGACAUGUGUAUGCAAAAGCGCCUCGAGUUAGAGAAAUUGAGGAAGGACAAUGCCAGCCAGAGGGAAUUGGAGAAGGCGGAGAGCAAAUUCAAAAAGGCCCAAGACGAUUACAGGACGCUGGUGGACAAGUACACGGUCAUACGAAACGACUUCGAGGCAAAAAUGACUCAGGCUUGCAGGCGGUUCCAAGAUGUGGAAGAGACGCAUCUGAAGCACAUGAAGGAAUUUCUGAAUACGUACGCUGACGUUUUGCAAACCAAUCACGAGCAGGUCGGCCAGGUGCAUAUCGAUUUCAAACGGCAAUGCGUCGAUAUGACGGUGGAGAAGUUGUUAGAGCAAUUCGUUCAGAGUAAAUACACGGGUUUCGAGAAACCAGGUGUGAUCGAGUAUGAGGAAGUUAUGACGAGUUUAGCAGAAAUGACCAGCCACUCGCAGUCGGAAGGCAGCGUAGAGACGCCUAAGGAAACGUCAAAGGGCACCAACGGCGAGACAGGCGUAGCCGGUAACAGUCACAGUUCAAAGAAAGAUCAGGGAUUAAAGGGGGAGGGUGGUACUUUGAGGGUACUGGACGGGGAAAGGGGAAGGGUGAUAUUGGAAAAGGAUAGAGAAAAAGAAAGACAGAAGGAAAAGGACAGAGAACUGUCACAUGCACAAACCACCAAGGCUUCCCGCCGUACUACCUCGCUACUCAACCUGUUCAUGUCCAACUCCCAGGACAAACAGAAGCAAGCAGGGUCGUCUGGUUCGGCACCUGCCACCCCUCAAGGGAACAACCUGCCUCCUGCUGUUCCACCUCCCAGCAUCUCCAGGAACCCUCUCAGAGGAUCUAAAUGGUUCCUACGCAGUAGGAGAGAAAAACGAAAGGAGAAGAAGGCGAAGAAGAAGAAGGACCUCGUGGACACAAGCAGCAACAAAGAAGAAAAGUCUGACCUGGAGGACAAGGAAGACAGCAGAAAGUCAGAAACACCAACGCCGGAGGUGGACGAGGACGGUUUUUGUAUUAGACCGAAGCCGGAUCCGUGGGAAAACGAAAAGGGGUUCUAUUCCAGUUCGGAUACCGAUUCGGAGGAUGAGAGGGAGCGUAAGAUUCGAGUGGAAAUAAAACCUUUGAGCAAUGGUGGUGCACCUAUGAGCGCUAGUGUGGACGAAUUGAGGGCGACAGUGGAAAAUUUAUCUUUAUCACCUGCACCAACAGGACGUAGAGGAUCGAAUACUGAUUCCGAUCAUCACAUGAAAAGGUCUCAGUCAGUGUCACAGCAAUUAGGAGGUAAGCCAAGCUCAGAUUUACUUGGCCUAAACUUGUUCAAUCCUAGCAGUACGCCGUCGAGCGCGUCGACACCGACCGGCAGCCACCCUUACGCCCCGCUGCAGAGCCCACCGCCACUUUCCACAUCGCCGACCCCGUCGCAGCCGCCGCUGCCGCAAUCUGCGCCGCCUACACAUUCUCAUACCCGAUUCCCAGAUGGGGAUUUAUUUUCGGAAAUUGGAGACAUCACGCCGGCCUUGCCACCUAAGCAGUCCGCGUCCUCGACGCCGACGGGCUCGAUCGUGAUACCCAGACCGCCGUCGCGUCGAGGAGAAGGUCCGUCGCCACGUGGCAGGAUGUCACCCGCGACGAUAUCCCGCGCCGACAGCGUUGCCAGCCUAGAAUUUCGCACUGCUGGCGUGGGCGUGGGUUCCUCGCGGGGACCGUCCCCACUCACGAUCGGCCUAGCGGACACGAUCCCGCUGGCGGUCGCAUUCCACGAGAUAGUGCAUUCCUACUUUCGUGGCACGGACGAGACGCGAUGUCAAGUGAAGCUAAGCGGCGACAUGAUGCUCUCGUUUCCGGCUGGUAUCGUCACAGUCCUGGCGAACAAUCCCAGUCCUGCCAAGCUGACCUUCCGCGUGAGGAACACCAACAGGUUGGAGAGGCUGUUGCCGAACAGUCAACUCAUCAGCAUGGACGCAACUCAGACUACCGUCGAUAGUACAAUCUUCGAAUUCAACAUGAGUGCCUUAACUAUGUUGCUACGGCGGCAAGCUGAACAGAAUCCCUCGGCCUCGUAUUUCAAUGUGGACAUCCUCAAGUACCAGAUCAAAUGCAAGGAAGGCGCCGGUUCGUGCCCUUUUCAGUUGGUCGCGUAUUGGAAGUGUGAGACGAGCCACACCGAUCUAAAGAUCGAUUAUAAAUACAACAGUCGCGCCAUGGCCUCGCCGAGCCCUCUGCUGAAUCUCCACGUCGCGGCGCCCAUCGACGGCGGUUUCAAGUCGCUCAACAGCAAACCGCCGGCGCAGUGGCUACCCGAUACGAAUCGCGUAUUAUGGAAAUUCACGGAGCUUUCGCAGCACAGCGAGGGUAACGGAGUCGGAUCCCUGAAGGCGCGAGUCGAGCUUGAACGCGGUCCAGGCAAUCAGGGCACGAUAUUCACUCAGUUCAAUUGCGAAGGGACCACAUUGUCGGGAGUCGAAUUUGAGCUUAUAGGAUCUGGAUAUCGAUUGAGCUUGGUGAAGCGAAAAUUUGUGUCCGGAAAAUAUAUAUGCGACGGAGAUUCGGAUUCGCGCUCGAGAUAUGCCGCGCCGCCAUCUAAUGCAGAUUGACGACUUCCAGAAUGGGCGCCUCAAUGGGAGAGCCAGCCCAUUUAAUAUUGGUACUUGCUUAAUCAUUCACUGCCCAUAUCACGACUAUCGUUCGUUCAUAUUCCGAUUAUGCGUGGAGAAGCCUGUUGGAUACCAAAGCGUGCAUCGGCCGAAGAGGUCAAAUGGAUCUUUUUUGUAAAAAUCGUGAAAUUGAAAAAACGAGAUAGAAAAGGCGUUUUGCACAGCCGAAAUGAUACGUCUUUUCCAAAACAAAAAAUAAACGAGAUCCAUAUUCUCUCUGCGCUUUCAACGCCGAAGUCUUUCAAGUCUUUAUUUGUAUUAAGCCAUACUAUAUUUUAUCUCGAUGGGAACAUACAAUUACAUACAAUUAGGAAACUUAGAAGUAAUACGACGCGUUCGGCGCUAAAUAUUUGCUGCUAUUUUAAGUGCAAAGCCGAUUCCUUAUUGACUUCGCGUACUAGAACGAACAGGUAGAAACGCAAAUCUGACCUUGAUGCAGGACGCGCUAUGACGAACGUGCAUUCUAUGUGUUUUAUAUACAACUUGUAUAUUUUUUUAAUUUUUUAUAUAUUCCCCGCAUUGAGGUACUACAACCGUAUUAAACUAAUAAUACUACUGUUUUAACGAAGUUUCUACGAGUAAACAGUACGCGAUAAAUAUAUGCGAGCAGUCCUUUCCGUCAAACGAGAGAGGCGAUUCUCGCGUGAAGAUCUUUGGUGUCCAGCAUACUCUCCGACACGGUAACUUUCGCCAUUUAACAAUUUCUCUCUCUCUCUUUCUCUCUACAUAAUCAAAAUACGUCGCGGCGGUUUUUCUUUUUAUCUUACAAUUAGUCCUUGAAACAAUGUACAGUGCUCUUUAUUUUUAUUGUUACGUUCUGCGUUAUUUUAAUGCAAUAUGUUAGCAUUAUAUAUUGUUGAUAACCGGUGCGGAAGGAGAGAAAAAAAAUGUAAACGACAUAUAAAUGCCGAUUAAGUAUAUCUAUAUUUAGCAUUUAUAUUUUCGAAAGUAGAGAGCAUAUUGUUUGCACGUGGCGCGCGAGCCUUUUCGGCGAAGAGAUUCUGGCACGUACGCCAAUUUUUAGUUGAUUUUUAUGCGCGCGCGAAGAUAAUACUAAGUAGUAAGCUGUACGAUAAAAGAAGAACGCGAGUAAAAAAAAAAAGUCGUUUUACCGGUGGAAAUAACGAGGACAGCGAGGAGCGGUAGCAAGAGAAAUAGAGAUAAAGAGUUUAAAUCAACGAUACUUUUUUAAACGUUAGCACAUGUUGGAUGCGAGACGAAUCAAAUACGAUUCUGUAUUUUUGAACGUUUAAAUGUUAAAACACAAUUUUGACGUCGAUAACAGGAUUUUAGCUUUAGGUAUAGCUGACGGCGAGCGAGGAGGAGUCGUUUAUCUAAAUGUUUCAAACUGAGAUUCUUAGUAUUAUACGUAAAACGCUGAAAGUUUCGUACCUAUUGCGAUUGUGGCGCGUUCCGUUUUCGCAUUCGUAAGAAGCGUAUUUUCUCGUUACAGUUAUAUUCACACUUGUUCACACACGUCACGUCCAUUGCUUUAUACAAAUUGAUUAAUUUAAUCAACAGUUAGAUUACGGAGAUAUCACGGACUAAUGUUAAGGCAUUUUUAUACAAAACAUUAAUUCUCAAUAAGUAAGUCAAUUUUUCCCGAAGGCAUUAUAUAAACGGUCGAUUUAUUUGUAUAUCGAUAAUUCAUGCCCGGCGUUGAUCAAUUAUCAAUCAAUCAAUUGACAGAUUAAUAACGAAAAUUAAUUGCGACAAUCGCGAAUGUUCCGAUUCUAGAUCCAGCAAUUGAUUUGACAGAUUUAGUUCAUGCGCAGGAUAUGUAUAUUGCAAUCAUAUUUUUGAAGAAAUGACGACAAUUGAUUGUGAUAGUAAUCUUAUUUAUUAUCGUGCAAUAUAUAUUUUGUUUCCUCUGAACAUAUCUUUAGAUUAUCUAUUAUAGUGAUGUUUAACUCAUUAAAAGCCAUUAUUAUAAUAAUAAUUAUUAUUAUUAGACGAAUAUGAAUUUUUUUUUAUUUUUACCAAGCAAAAAAAUGUUUUUCCGAAUAUUACACAUAUAUACAUACUGUACACGCGCAUAUAUAUAAUAUAUAGUACGCGGAGGCGUGUACAUGUGCAAAAUGAUUUAAAACUCGAAGUCACUAGUUCGGUAAAUCAUUAGUCGUAAAAAAACAGCAAAUGGGUUUACAUAAACGUCCUAUACAUAUACGUAUUAUUUAUUAGUUAUGGAGCUCUCACGAUCGAUUUUCAUACACAUUAAAAGUUUCGAGAUUUCUUUAUAUUUUAUUAUAUCCAUUUAUACAUAAUGUGUUCUCUUAGAUUAUUCAAGUUUUGCAGUUGAAUACAUAAGUAAUUACAAAUGACUUUAUAAAUAAUGAAAUACAAGAUUCAGAAUUUUUUCAAAUAUGAGAAUCGAUAAGCAGAAUCAUCCAGGCAAUACAAUCACAUUGAACAUUUUAAAAAUAGAAGCCUGUCAAUAUGAUUUACCUAAACUGACCAGUAAAAUUCAUGGUUCUUGACCGAUAAAAA